AUAAGUAUAACCAGUAGCGGCACUCCGUAGAAAUAGCGUCGGAGAAAUUUCACCGCGCAUGCGCUGCAUUACUACCGACAACAUGGCGUCAAUUAAAUACUUUAAAUGUAUUUAAAAAUAUACAAAAUGAAACGUGUAAUUGAUGGUGGUUUUAUGUGUGCAAUGCGUGACUGUAACAAUAAUUCCGGAGCAGAUCGUCAUCUAAGCUUUUUUCGUUUUCCAUCUGAUUUAGAAAGAGCAAAAUUGUGGCUACAAGCAUGUGAUAUAAAGGAGAAUAUUCCACAAAAAAGACUGUAUAAUAAUUACAGAGUUUGUUCAAAACAUUUUGCUCCUCAUAUGUUCUUAAAUGAUUUAAAAAAUCGACUUCAAAUACAUGCAGUUCCAAGUUCAGUUCUUAAUAUUACCAAUGAUGUAACAACUGAUCAGAUAGACAUUUCAACAGUAGACACUUCAUGUUUUACAACAAAUUUACAAGCAGAUGUAUACAGUGUUAAAGCCAGUUGUUCAACAACCAAUUUGACAGAUGUUGAUUUAAGCACAGAUUCAACUAAAGAUUUUAAUUUAACGAAUUCUAAAGAUGAUAAAGCAACUCAAACCGAAUUAAAAUUAUCCAGUUCUACUCCAAGAAAAGAAGCUCUCAGAAGAAAAUGUGAAGCUGCAGAUAAAAGAGCAAAACGCGCAAAACUAAAAUAUAAUAAUGAAAAAAAUAUAGACGAUAUUACUUAUUACGAUUUUCAAAAACUUCUUUAUAAAUUUUAUCCAAAACCAAUAGCUGAUUUCAUGAAAGCUCAAGGAAAUAAUCUCGACAAAAAAAGAAACGGUAAUAGAUAUACCAAAGAAUUUAAAAUGUUUUGUUUGAAUUUAUAUUUUAAAGGACCCAAAGCUUAUAGAAUUUUAAGUAACACUUUUAUUUUACCAUCGAAGAGAACACUUGAACGCAUGAUACAAGGACUUAUAAUUUCUCCUGGUUUAAAUGAUAUU